AGUUGUUUUGAAUCAAGGGGGUCCAAUUUAGCCCUCCUUGGCUCUUGGGUAGGAGGGUCAGUGCCUCCACCAGCAUCUGUGACUAAAGCCUUCAAGCCAAGGUUGAGCGGUAGACAUGGGCAGCAGAAGCUCUUCACAGCAUGAAGAUAAAGGAGGAUUCCUGAGCAGCAGCUCCUCUCAAAGGAGUAAGAGCAGGCCAGGCUGCAUUUUCCGGGUCAGUUGGCCAACUCUGCCUCCCAUCCCUCCUCCUGCACUUAGUGACGCACAGCAGCCCUUCAGCCUCCAAGUCCCUGGGGCGGCACUCCCCUGCUGCUUUGGCUGGGCUCUCUUUCUAAAGGUGUGAAUGUUCCCAGCUUCCGGGAGGGAGGAGAUCACGAAGCCUCAAACGCUGCCCGGCGCUGGUGCCUUUCGAGUGGCAAAUCUGCUUGAGCCUCCCUAGGGUGAGGCUACACCGGUGACUUUGCAAGAGACGCCACUGCCGUCCGGGUCCACCACAUGCCCCUGCAUUCUUGCUCCGGCUAGAAGCGAGCUCACAGAGCCCUUUGCAGGGAGACCACGGCUGCCUCUCUGAGGCUUUGCUGGGAGUGCUCCUUCCGCAGGGGUGUGGGGGCUGCCCUGCCUUGGAGGAGCCAUGGAUCGCGGGGUCACAGUUGAGAACCCCUAUGCCAGUGUGAACAUCCCCCGAGCUCAGCUCAAGGACGGCUUCCUGAAGUAUUAUCUGGGUGAGGAUCUGGCCCCAGACACCGUGGUCUUCAACCCCAGUGCCCUGCCCACAUACUCUCUAGCCCAGGAGAAGGAGCGGGAGGUCAGCCAGCAUCCGCCGGCCCAUGCUGCAUGGAACGGUCAGCCGAUCCCAACACGGGAGUCAUGGGCCAGGCCCUACAACCCCUACGCCAGCCUCAAGAUGCCCAGUGGAAACUCCCCGGAACCCUUCCACUGGAAGAGCCACGAGGUGGGAACUCCAGAGGGCAGCGGAGGCGGCAGUGGCUGCUGCACGCCCUGCUGUGGAAGGUGUUGCCCCUGCUGCAAGAGGUGCUGCUGUGUCAUCUCAUAGCACCACCACCCCGCAAGGGGAUCUGCAGCAGGUUUUCCCUGCCACACCGUGUGUUCCAACCUGCUGAGAUUUGGGCCUCAGUUACUUCCAGAAGAUCACGCAGAUGAUUGUCCAUGGCUGUUUCGGCCUCCUUCCGUCAUGUUUUAAGAAGCAGGGCAGACAAUUCAGGAGAAUGGUUUUACCGCUGGUCCUCCUGGGUACACAGAGGUGGCCAAGUGUCCUUUCCUAAAAUGCUCACCUCCAUAAUCCAGUGUAAUCCAAAGGACUACAAGAGAGCCAAAGGGACCCCCAAAAUAAAAAUCCCCCCAUCCUUCCAUGAACGAAUCAACCUAAAUAAACUGACUUUGUAUUAUCAUUGAUAAACAGGACAAUUUCCCCCAGCUUGGAGUGAGAACUGGGGCAGGUGUGCCAAAUGGGUGUGCAGGAUUCACUCCCAGCUGCCCUUUCCAGGGCUCCCCCCAACCUCCUUAACCUGGAGGCAGAACCAGGGAACAGAUUGGGCUGAGAGUGGAAGGGAGAGGAAUGAAGACCAGACAUUUUUGGCUGGGCCGGACAUUGCACUGUGCAGGUGGGGGUGGAAUCGUGAGCUGCUGCACCAGCUAAAAAAGACCCUCUCCCAGGGCCAGGCCAGGCGCGGGCCUCCAGUGCUUCACAAAGCAGCCAGGCACAAUGAUGCGGCUCUGUAAACAUCAAGAGGGAUCCCAUUCCUUCGGAGGCCUGCCUUCUGUACACAGACUUGUUCUUGAACGGCCAGAUUACCGGCCCUUUAUUUGCUAUAGCUGCUGCUCUCCCCAGCAUCUUGCCCCCGUGGGCAGGGGCUCUAGUUUUUCAGCAUUCUAAGGAGGUGUCUGCGCUUUCCUUUGCUCAGCCAAAAAUAGUUGCCACAGUGAGUUUCCUGGGAUUUUGACUUGCUCAGUGAGAGCCUCCAAGGGCAGACACAGCCCACCCCAAAGGCCAGCCUGUCGAUGCUUCUCAGCCUUUUGGUUGUGGCACUGUUGUGCCAAAUCGGAUGUGCGGAAGACUGUGGAUUCCAUGUGCCCCACGGCCUUCACUAGUGGCCUCCGCCUCUCUCUCCUCCCUGCCCCUGCUGUAUCCUCCCUCCCUGAGAGCUGGGUGCCCCAUUGCUGGGGCAUCCAGGAGGAAAGAGGCGCUAGCGAUUCUGGGAAAUGUUUCCUUGAUCCGACUCUUUGUACGGGGCUGCCAUGGACCCACAGCCUGGCACAGUGGGGCUAGAAAGCAGAAUCUGUUGCCAAGGGAAAGAACCAAAAUGAAUCCUUGUAGUUGACUAAAUUGUGUACUCUGCCAGAUUGUAAU